GAGACGUAGAACGGAAGAGAGAAAAUCGGUGCGGAAACGUAAACAAGUAAUGGCGCUGUAGUAUGGGCGGUAGGUUUGAAUCGACCAAUCAGGAGCCAGGAGAACAUUAAGGUUGGACUUGUCUAUUCAAAGUGCCAAUAAUAGCCAAAAAUGAAUAAUAACUAUUCAGUAGUAAUAAUAGGUGCUGGAAUGGCUGGCCUAGGAGCAGCUUUAACACUUCAAACUUCCAAAUCGCAGUUUUCCACUGAUUUUAUUCUCCUUGAAGCACAAAAUCGUCCUGGUGGUCGUAUCGAAACCCUCCAGAUUGGAUCCAGCACUAUCGAUUUGGGCGCACAAUGGGUCCAUGGUACCGACACUGAUUUAUACGAUAUUUUACAAGAAAACAAACUUAUCCACCCCGUCACUUCCGAUGAAGGUCUAGGAAUUUAUAUAAGAGAUGAUGGUCAUAUCAUUGAUAACUUUUUAGUGAAAAAAGUUGACUUUGAAGUUGGUAGAAUACUAGAAGAAUGCGAAGAAUACCUCGAUAUUAUUACGAAUUCAUCGGUUGGUGAGUUUUUAACCAAAAGAUUUGGUGAAUUUUUGAAAAAAUCAGAUUAUUCUGAUGAUGAUAAAAUAAUCAUGGAGGAAUUAUUUGAUUGGCACGUCAGGUUUCAAGUUAUAGACAAUUCUUGUGAAGAUUUAAACAAGUUGUCACUGAAGGAAUGGGGGAGAUAUUCUUGUCUCGGUAAAGAUGGACAGCAGCAUGUUAAUAUCAAGGGUGGUUAUGGUGCGUUGGUAGAUGUUUUGGUAAAGAAACUGCCUGAAAAUGCGAUUCAGUACAAUAAAGUUGUACAAUACGUUGAGAUUUCAUCAUCGGGCGCCAUUUUGAUUACGUGUGAUGAUGGUAGCACACUUCACGCACAAUCCGUGAUUGUAACGUGCUCUUUGGGAGUGUUAAAACACUUCAAAGGUUUACCCAUGUCACCUAAAGUGAAAACUACCAUCGCUAAUAUGGGUUUUGAUGGAAUGGGUAAAGUUUUUCUGGAAUUUGAUUCCAAAUGGUGGGGGAGUGAUUUCAAUGGUAUUCAACUAAUCUGGCGGAAUGGUAAAAACUCUUCCGAUGAGUUUCCUGAUUUGUUAAGACAUCUAAGUGGAUUUGAUUUGGUGUUGGAUCAAAAUAAUAUGUUGAUGACUUGGGUUGGGCAUAAAGGUGUACGAGAAAUGGAGGAAACCGAUGCUGAAAUUGUAGGAAAACAAUGUGUGCAGCUGCUAAGAAAGUUUUUGGCAGAUGACAGUAUCCCAUUUCCUGUUAAAGUCUACAAAUCAAAAUGGCUGACAAAUCCUUAUAUUAGAGGUGGAUACAGCCACUCGACGCCAUCUUGUGAUUCGGAAGCAUUACCGCCCGGGAGGACUUUGUGUGAACCGUUUUGUGAUGAAAAUAAUGUGCCUAGGGUGUUUUUAGCAGGUGAGGCUGCACAUGAGUCGCAUUUUUCUACGACGCAUGGUGCUUUCGAAUCUGGCCAAAUGCAAGCUCGAAAGUUACUGAAUUUUACUCAAAACUUCCAAUAUUAAAGAAAAUAUACUAAUCUUAGUUAAGACAAAGUACAAAUUUUAAUUAACUAAAUAAAUGGAGCAGUUUCAUACAAA